AUGAACAAUCAAACGUUGAACGGCCUGUACAACUGUGGUGCCACGCUCCUCGGCCAUAAUAUCACGUUCCUAUUAACGUUAAACAACACCGAGCUACUAAAAUUCCUGGAGGACACCCUGGACACGUCAAACGACCGGGACGUUCUGUUCGAAGCGUUCAUCGACUGCGUCUCUGUUCAUCAAGAACGACCUUUUGAUCUACCCUGGUGGCAAAAACUGGCUUGGUCCCUUAUAUUCGCAGUGAUGCUGCUAAUAGCGACUGGCGGCAACGUAAUAGUAAUAUGGAUCGUGCUCGCACACCGACGAAUGCGCACUGUUACCAAUUACUUCCUAGUCAAUCUCUCCGUGGCCGAUCUAAUGAUGUCGUUGCUGAACUGCGCCUUCAACUUUACUUUCUUGCUGAACUCAAGCUGGCCCUUCGGCGUGAUUUACUGCACAAUUAAUAAUUUUGUUGCCCACCUGACUGUCGCUUCCAGUGUGUUCACUCUGGUCGUUAUUUCUGUUGACAGGUACAUGGCCAUCAUGAGGCCACUGAAGCAUCGUAUAUCUCGAAAAAUGACAGUGAUGACUAUGAUUUUGAUAUGGACAAUUGGUUCGGCACUGGCACUGCCGUGUCUGUUGUAUUCGACGACGAAAUCCAGGAGGUAUUUGAAUGGAAAGACUAGAAUUACGUGUUACUUAUUGUGGCCAGACGGAGAUUAUUUGCACAGUACAAUCGAAUAUUCAUACAACAUAGUAUUCUUGAGCGUGACAUACUUAAUUCCAAUAAUGUUAAUGGCAGUGUGCUAUGCGCUAAUGGGCCGCAAACUGUGGGUCACGAAAUCUAUAGGAGAGCUCACGCACUACCAGAAGAACCUGAUGAAAUCUAAACGCAAGGUUGUCAAGAUGUUCAUCACAGUCGUUGCAAUAUUUGCAAUUUGUUGGUUGCCUUAUCAUGGAUUUUUCAUUUAUGUUUAUCACCAUAGACAUUUUGCGGAGAUUAGUUACGUUCCGCACAUUUACCUAGGUUUCUACUGGCUUGCUAUGUCUAAUGCCAUGGUAAAUCCUAUUAUAUACUACUGGAUGAACACUACGUUUCGAGUGUAUUUCCAAUUAAUAAUUUGCAAGUGCUGUUACUCAAUGAACCAGAGAAAUACUAACAGCCACCGUAAACAACAGUUGGUAAAAUGUCAACAAUCAGAUGUCAUUCGUUGCGGUUCAAAGCGUGUCAGAUUGAACUCGGUCCGAUGGAAACACAGUACGGUCGACAGUCAAGUGCAAAAUUGUCGAAUACUAUCGAUCGUCGAGAAAAACCGCUACUCCCAAGAUGCUGCCAUCGUCUAACCGAAACUACGAAACAAUAAUGGACAACUGUUAUUAAAUGUAUAAGUGCGAUUGCAAUCGGUGAUAAUAUUUUCGGCAGUCAACGUAAACGAA